GGCAGAAGAUAUAGAGGGAGAAGAAGAGACGUAUGUGACUGAUAUAAAGGCAGAAGAUAUAGAGGGAGAAGAAGAGAUGUAUGUGACUGAUAUAAAGGCAGAAGAUAUAGAGGGAGAAGAAGAGACGUAUGUGACUGAUAUAAAUGCAGAAGAUAUAGAGGGAGAAGAAGAGACGUAUGUGACUGAUAUAAAUGCAGAAGAUAUAGAGGGAGAAGAAGAGACGUAUGUGACUGAUAUAAAGGCAGAAGAUACAGGGGGAGAAGAAGAGACGUAUGUGACUGAUAUAAAGGCAGAAGAUAUAGAGGGAGAAGAAGAGACGUAUGUGACUGAUAUAAAGGCAGAAGAUAUAGAGGGAGAAGAAGAGACGUAUGUGACUGAUAUGAAGGCAGAAGAUAUAAAGGGAGAAGAAGAGACGUAUGUGACUGGUAUAAAGGCAGAAGAUAUAGAGGGAGAAGAAGAGACGUAUGUGACUGAUAUAAAGGCAGAAGAUACAGAGGGAGAAGAAGAGACGUAUGUUACUGAUAUAAAGGCAGAAGAUAUAAAGGGAGAAGAAGAGACGUAUGUGACUGAUAUGAAGGCAGAAGAUAUAAAGGGAGAAGAAGAGACGUAUGUGACUGGUAUAAAGGCAGAAGAUAUAAAGGGAGAAGAAGAGACGUAUAUGACUAUUAUAAAGGCAGAAGAUACAGAGGGAGAAGAAGAGACGUAUGUGACUGAUAUGAAGGCAGAAGAUAUAGAGGAAGAAGAAGAGACGUAUGUGACUGAUAUAAAGGCAGAAGAUACAGAGGGAGAAGAAGAGACGUAUGUGACUGAUAUAAAGGGAGAAGAUAUAGAGGGAGAAGAAGAGACGUAUGUGAGGGGUGAUCAGCAGUGUAAGGAGGAGGAGAUACCUACAGAUAUCAGCACCGAUGGACACACAAGCAGGAAUAUCUCAGAAGGACAUCUAAUGUUAUCCCCGGAUUGUGACAUAAAAGAUAAUGACAGAAUACAGGAUUCUCCAGGAGAUAACCCCUUUACCCCAAUUAUACAUCCAGCUCUAUCAGCUGGUCCCUCUGAUCCUGGGAAAUGUUCUCCUGAUCACUCUGAUGUUGGUGCAUCUGUUACAGCUCUGACAGUAGAUUCAGUAUUUACCUGUUCAAUAGAUUCCAAAUGUUUUACGCAGCCCACAAAGCUUAUUACCCAUCAGCCUGCUAAGACAGGUGAGAGGCAAUUUCCAUGUUCUGAGCGUGAGAAAUGUUUUACAUGCAAAUCAGCUCUUGUUUCACAUCAGAGAAGUCACACAGGUGAGAAGCCAUUUCCAUGUUCUGAGUGUGGCAAAUUUUUUACACGGAAAUCAAAUCUUGUUACACAUCAGAGAAGUCACACAGGUGAGAAGCCAUUUCCAUGUUCUGAGUGUGAGGAAUGUUUUACAUGCAAAUCAGCUCUUGUUUCACAUCAGAGAAGUCACACAGGUGAGAAGCCAUUUCCAUGUUCUGAGUGUGGCAAAUUUUUUACACGGAAAUCAAAUCUUGUUACACAUCAGAGAAGUCACACAGGUGAGAAGCCAUUUCCAUGUUCUGAGUGUGAGGAAUGUUUUACACUGAAAUCAAAUCUUGUUAAACAUCAGAGAAGUCACACAGGUGAGAGACCAUUUGCAUGCUCAGAGUGUGGGAAAUGUUUUUUAAAUAAAUCAAAUCUUGUUGCGCAUCAGAGAACUCACACAGGUGAGAGGCCAUUUGCAUGCUCAGAGUGUGGGAAAUGUUUUUCAAGUAAAUCACAUCUUGUUAGACAUCAGAGAACUCACACAGUUGAGAUGCCAUUUGCAUGCUCAGAGUGUGGGAAAUGUUUUACACAGAGCUCAAAUAUGAUUAAACAUCAGAGAACUCAUACAGGUGAAAAGCUGUUUUCAUGCUCUGAAUGUGGGAAAUGUUUUUUAAAUAAAUCGAAUCUUAUUACACAUCAGAGAAGUCACACAGGUGAGAAGCCAUUUUCCUGUUCUGAGUGUGGGAAAUAUUUUUUUAGUAAAGCACAUCUAGUUUCACAUCAGAGAAGUCACACAGGUGAGAAGCCAUUUUUCUGUUCUGAGUGUGGGAAAUAUUUUUUUCGUAAAGCACAUCUAGUUACACAUCAGAGAAGUCACACAGGUGAGAAGCCAUUUUCAUGUUCUGAGUGUGAGAAAUGUUUUACACUGAAAUCAAAUCUUGUUAAACAUCAGAGAAGUCACACAGGUGAGAAGCCACUGAUAUGUUCUGAGUGUGGGAAAUGUUUUACACAGAAAUCACAACUUGUUACACAUCAGAGAAGUCACACAAGUGAGAAGCCAUUUCCAUGUUCUGAGUGUGGGAAAUGUUUUGCACACAAAUCAGUUCUUGUUAGACAUAAUAGAAGUCACACAGGUGAGAAACCAUUUCCAUGUUCUGAGUGUGGAAAAUAUUUUGCACACAAAUCACAUCUUGUUAUACAUAACAGAAGUCACACAGGUGAGAAGCCAUUUUCUUGCUCUGAGUGUGGGAAAUGUUUUACACAGAAAUCACAACUUGUUACACAUCAGGGAAGUCACACAGGUGAGAAGGCAUUUUCAUGUUCUGAGUGUGGGAAAUGUUUUACACAGAAAUCACAACUUGUUACACAUCAGAGAAGUCACACAAGUGAAAAGGCAUUUCCAUGUUCUGAGUGUGGGAAAUGUUUUGCACACAAAUCAGUUCUUGUCAGACAUAACAGAAGUCACACAGGUGAGAAACCAUUUCCAUGUUCUGAGUGUGGAAAAUAUUUUGCAGACAAAUCACAUCUUGUUAUACAUCACAGAAGUCACACAGGUGAGAAGCCAUUUUCUUGCUCUGAGUGUGGGAAAUGUUUUACAUGGAAAUCACAACUUGUUACACAUCAGAGAAGUCACACAGGUGAGAAGCCAUUUCCAUGUUCUGAGUGUGGGAAAUGUUUUACACAGAAAUCACAACUUGUUAUACAUCAGAGAAGUCACACAGGUGAGAAGGCAUUUCCAUGUUCUGAGUGUGGGAAAUGUUUUGCACACAAAUCAGUUCUUGUUAGACAUAACAGAAGUCACACAGGUGAGAAGCCAUUUCCAUGUUCUGAGUGUGGAAAAUAUUUUGCACACAAAUCACAUCUUGUUAUACAUAACAGAAGUCACACAGGUGAGAAGCCAUUUUCUUGCUCUGAGUGCGGGAAAUGUUUUGCACUGAAAUCAGAUCUUGUUAGACAUCACAGAAGUCACACAGGUGAGAAGCCAUUUCCAUGUUCUGAGUGCGGGAAAUGUUUUACACAGAAAUCACAACUUGUUACACAUCAGAGAAGUCACACAGGUGAGAAGGAAUUUCCAUGUUCUGAGUGUGGGAAAUGUUUUGCACACAAAUCAGAUCUUGUUAUACAUCAG